UAUCCCCUGUGUUUAUAUGGUUGGCGUUACGUUUCAAUCUUGGAAAACAAAAAAUCCAAAAAAAAAAUAUUUUAUUUUUCUCAAAAACCGUUUUUCGUUAAUCGCGAUGAACUGAAACUCGUCGCCAAUCAAAAAAGAUGCAUAAAUUCAUCGCCUGAAAUUCUCAGAAUCCAGAAUCGUUCUUCUCCUCCUCCUCCAUGGACGAUCUUCCGCCAUCGAUAGUUCUCGAAAUCCUGAAUCGAUUGGCCGAUUCCGCCGAUUUGGCUCGGUGCCGAGUCGCAUCCAAAGCUCUCAAUGUUCUCUCCCGCGAGGUUAGGUCACUGAACCUCUUCUGCUCAUUGGAUCGCUAUCUCAAGUCUAGGGCUGUGGAGACGAAGCCAUUGGUGACGCCUUUCAAGGUCAUAUUGAAGACUCUAAUGAACAAUUUUCCGGCUCUCGAUUCUGUGUCGAUCGGUGUGGAGAGGUCACUCGGACGGAUUUCUUAUGAGCACGACGAUGUUGAAGAUUGGUCCGAUGAUUUGUACCUGACGGAUGCUGGCUUCGCUAGGGAUUGGCUGCCGGCGAUCGGUGGAGAUUUGACGUCCUUGUCGAUCGUCGAUUUUUGGGUUCAAUCUUGCUGGAGACAGUCCGAGAUUUUGGCGCUGAUUACUUCGUGCUGUCAUAAUCUUCUGGAACUUGAACUGAAGAAUGCUUGGUUGUCAGUGGAUGGCUUGAACAAAAUGAGUUCCCUCAAACGUUUGACCCUUGAAUUUAUAAGGUUAGAUGAUGAAGAUCUGAGCAAGCUUAACCAUAACUUCCCUCAUCUUGAAGUCCUAAAUUUGAUAGGGGUUGGAGGCCUAAACGAACCGAUAAUUCAUCUGUUGCACCUCGAAACCUGUCGAUGGACUGUGUCAAAUGCUCCGGUUUCUCUGAGCAUUUGCGCACCGAGACUUUCGAGACUUGAACUCAAAUGUGUCAAACCAAAAUCUCUGAUCAUUGAAACUCCAAUGCUAUCUGAUUUCCAUCUUUCUCUGGAAGAUGCAAGUGGGUUGCAAGUCAAUGAAUUCCCUUGCUUGAGAAAGCUUGAGCUUCAUUCUCCUAGCCUCUGCAGUCUCAUCACAACAUUUUCACCUGCAAGAACUAUCAAGGAUCUCACACUAGGUACACUCCAACGCGCUGAAACCGUUGAAUCCGUUAAGUUUUGCCUCGAUACACUGUUUGAAACGUUUCCAAAUCUUAGAUUUCUUAAACUUGGCCCCGGAGUUCUGUCAGAAGUCGAAACUUAUUAUCGAGCUGGAGGUUCGGAUGGACGGAUGGGGAUGAGAGAUUUGAAAAUGUUUCAUAGUAGCCUUAAAACCUACAAGAUUGAGUUGAAAUUCCCUUUCAUCAUUUCCAUUUUGGACAAAUGUACCGAUUCCUUCGAUAUGGCAUUGCUGAUCUAUCACAAUGCUGAUUCUGGCUCUGGUAGUGGAAUCAUGUCAAAACGUUCUACUAAUCAUCCAAGACCAAGAUGGAGAUGGGAACUUUGGAAAGAAGGAUCAAGAGAAGCGUGGGGUAAUGCCAUAUAAUCUGUCAAAUGCUGCUGCAAUUAUCAUAGUGGUGGAACAAACUUUUGCUUCUGAAGAUGGAGGGAAGUUCAUGUUGGUUAACUUAAGGCUUCCCUUGUUUGAAUUUGGCAGCCUUAUGGGGGUUGUAAGAUAAUUCCAAAGAUUUCAGUAAGUCAAUGGAAUGAUCGAAAAGCAACUUUGCUCAAGAUCCCGAGUCUUUAAGGACCCGUUUGAUUCUUUGCUUGAAGGCCCCUGUUGUUAUUUGGUCGAAGAAAACUGUUUGUUGGUGGUGAGAAAUAAAACAAUAGUUGAGAAGUCUGAGAAAAGGGUCAGUUCUUUUACACCUUCAUUGCUACUAAAUGAUAGCCUGAAUAACGUUUGGUGUGUGGUGUGCAUACUUCCAACCAGAUAAUGACAUUUUUACCCCUACACAAGAUUAUAUGGCUGUGAUGUCUCUUAGUUGUAUAGAGAAUUAUUAAUAUGUAUCAUAUACAGUUUCAUCAAUGAAUGAAUUUAUGUUGUGCUCA